CCCCUAUCACUGGUUUUUGACGACAUUUUUGAUGACUCCGAUGCAUUGCACGUUGACAUGCUUAGAAAUGCAUCUAGCUUUCGCAUGCAUAUAUAGCUAGAGUUAAUACGAUCGCAAUGUAUCAUUCUCCUUCACAAUAACCACUUUACUGCACACCACCACUGUACCAGCCAUGUCCGCCGUCAAGACUGAGUUUGACCCAAAGAAUAUGCCCUUCCGCCGUUUGGGCCCCAGCGGCCUACGGGUCCCUGUGUUCUCGCUUGGUGGAUGGUUGACGCUAGGAGGAACCGUUGUCGGUGACCCUGUCAAGGAAAUCAUCAAAGUUGCCUUCGAGAAUGGCAUCAACAUGUUCGACACGGCUGAGGGCUACGCAAAGGGUCACUCGGAAGUUGAAAUGGGUCGAGUUAUCAAAGAACUCGGCUACCGUCGCUCUGACUUGGUCAUCACCACGAAAUUGUUCUUUGGUACCCGUACCGGUCCGAAUGACACCGGUCUCUCUCGAAAACACAUUAUCGAAGGUACCCAGGAGUCGCUGAGCCGUCUUGGCCUCGACUACGUUGAUGUCAUCUUCGCACACCGCCCUGAUUACUCCACUCCGAUGGAGGAGGUCGUCCGCGCCUUCAACUAUGUCAUUGAGAAAGGCUGGGCAUUCUACUGGGCUACAUCAGAGUGGUCUGCCAGGGACAUUGAGGAGGCUUACCACGUCGCUGACAAACUUAACCUGAUCCCUCCUAUCGCUGAGCAGUGCCAGCACCACAUGCUUCACCGUGAGCGCCCAGAAAAGGAGUACGCACCUCUUUACAAGAAAUAUUCCAUCGGAACUACCGUUUGGUCUGCAUUGGCCAGUGGGCUCCUUACUGGAAAGUACAACAAUGGUGUCCCAGCAGAUUCGCGGUUCGCCGCACAUUCCGAUUUCUUCAAGGACACUCUGAAGAGCCUCAACGAAGAGGAGGGCCUCGCUAAGAUUCGCAAAGUCCAAGCGCUCACCAAGCUCGCCGAGACGGAAUUGGGCUGCAGCGUCACGCACUUGGCAUUGGCAUGGAUUGCAAAGAACCCGAACACAAGCACUGUCAUCCUCGGUGCCUCUAAGCCCGAGCAGGUGGUCGAUAACUUGAAGGCACUGGAUGUUAUUCCCAAGCUGACGCCUGAGAUCCUAGACAAAAUUGAGACGAUACUCCAAAACAAACCUGCACCAAUUCCUACCUUCGGCAGGCCAGCACUUGAUUCCUCUGGUCGCCAAUGAGGUCGAUGACUUUUCGGUAGUUUGUUGAUUUCAUGACAGCAAGGAUUGAAAGCCAAACGGUCAUGCAUCUGUAUUACUAUGAUACAUGAAUCAGAAACAUGUGAAUGGACAGAGCAGGCUGCAGAACAGAAACGUGCGACCAUUCGGAGAACGAGAGCUUCGUCUGCGAAUUCACUAAUACAAAUGAUGUUCUUGAUUGAAGGACUGUUGGAACGUCUGGAGAGGCCCCCGGAAGUUCCCGGAUA